AUGGUCACGCCGGUGACUCGCUCCCGCGCUCGCGCGUUCCGCGGCGGGGCGCGUGGUGCGCCCGAGAUACCGCUCGCCGUGAGGCGGACGUGGCAGGACGCCAGCGAGCCUGAGCCGGCCGUGCCGACGCACUUCCUGUGCCCGAUCUCGCUGGAAAUGAUGAAGGACCCCGUGACGGCUCCGACGGGGAUCACGUACGACCGGGAGAGCGUUGAGGGGUGGCUGGAGCGCGGCCACGCCACGUGCCCCGUCACCGCACGGCCGCUGCGGCUGGAGGAGCUCGUCCCCAACCACGCCACGAGGAGGGUCAUCCAGGAGUGGUGCGUCGCCAACCGGGGCCUCGGGGUGGAGCGCGUGCCCACGCCCCGCGUCCCGGUCUCCGCCUUCGACGCGUCCGAGCUCCUGGCGGCCGUGUCCGCGGCCGCGAGGCGCGGGGAUGGGCCGAGGUGCCGGGAGCUCGUGGCGAGGGCCAGGGCGCUCGGCAAGGAGAGCGAGCGCAACCGCAGGUGCUUCACGUCCGCGGGCGCCGCCCGCUCGCUCUCCUCCGCGUUCUGCCAUCUUGCCGGAGAGCGGGUGGUACCAGCGACGGCCCUAGAGGAGAUCUUGGCGGCGUUGGUCCUGUUCUUACCGCUUGACGAGGAGUUCAGGCGCAGCAUUGCCACCCCGGCUUCGCUGGACUCCGUCGUUUCUAUCCUGUCCCACGGAGAACUCCCGGCGCGGGUCAGCGCCGUCGUCGUUCUCCGCGAGAUCGCAUCGUCUUCCGACAGCCAGUGCCUCGAGGCCAUGUCCAAGACCAACGGCAUAUACUCCGCGCUCGUGAAGCUCUUGAAGAAGCCCGUCUCGCCGCAGGGCACCAAGGCGGCGCUGGUAACCGCGUACUACCUCGUCGCGCACAGCGAGCUUGCGGCGUCCCGCCUCGUCGACCUCGGCACGGUGCAGCUCCUCCUCGAGCUAUUGGUGGACGCCGACAGGGGCACGACGGAGAAGGCUCUGGCCUUGCUGGACAGCCUGCUACUCACUGUGAGGGGCCGCGACGCGGCCUACGCGCAGGCGCUGGCCGUGCCGGUGAUCGUGAAGAAGAUGCAGCGCGUGUCCGACAUGGCGACGGAGUUCGCUGUGUCGGCGCUGUGGCGGCUGUGCAAGAAUGUCGCGGCGGACGACGGUGCGUGCAAGGCAGAGGCGCUUCAGGUCGGCGCGUUCCAGAAGCUCUUGCUGCUGCUGCAAGUGGGCUGCGAAGGCUUGACCAAGGAUCGGGCCAGCGAAUUGCUCAGGCUUCUCAAUGGAUGCAGGAACGGCGCCGAGUGCAUCGACUCGUUGGAUUUCAAGGCCCUCAAGAGACCCUUUUGAGUGUGCAUAUCGAAACUUGGCUACGUACGGUGUGGAUAGAACCUAGAAUCAUGCAGAUAAAAUUAGGUUUAGAUUCUCUCUUUAAUUUUGGGGAGAACUAUUAUACUUCCGGGAAAGUGUAUUCGGAACCUGGAAAAUAUGAUUCUGCUCAAAAUUAUUAAAAAUUACAUAAAAAAGUUGUAAUUAAAACAGAUCAAGCAUAUAAAGAUUAGGUAAAAACUUGCGCUUGUAAAUUUGGAAACAGAAAUA